AUGGCGGCCGACAACGGAGCAGCUGGGGUGCAGCUGCUAGAUUCUCGUGGGAUCGGCAAGGUGCCGACAUUCUCAGGCAAGAGGGAGGGCUUCGAGGAUUGGAUCUUCCCGUUUGAAUCCUUCUGCGGCCUGCUGGGCUGGACGGCGGGCCUGGAGCGGUCAAGAGACACUGAGGAGCCGCUGACUGCGGAAGACCUCGGCGAGCAGGGAGUGCUGGUAGGCAGGAGCUUGUACCACCUGCUGGCGAGCACCACGAAAGGCACGGCGCAGAGCAUCGUGAAGCUCUGCCCGCGAGGCGACGGUUUCGAAGCAAUGCGGAGGCUGUACAAGGAGUGCAGGCCGAGACUGAAUGAGGAGCACGGCCAGAUGCUCCAGCAGAUCCUGACGCCGACGUGGUGGAAGGAUCGCGAGGGUAAGGAGCGCAUCACAGAGGUGCUGAUCGCUUGGGACGAGGUGAUCUCGAGGUAUGAGCGCGCGACUGGAGAGCAGGUCGCGCAGAACAUGAAGACGAGCACGAUCAUGGCCCACGCACCAGAGGAGGUGAAGGUCAUGCUACGCUCGGCGCAGCGCGAGGUGCGCAGCGACAUCACACAGAUGAGGAACUGCAUCUUCGAGGCGGUGAUCGGCCAGAGCGGAGUGGUCUCGAGGCCGCCGACCGCGAACAAGGGGAGCAACGACAUGGACGUCGACGCGAUCUCCAAGGGAAAGGGCAAGGACAGCAAGGACAAGUGCCAGAUCUGCCACAAGCCGAGCCACACGGCCCGCGACUGCUUCUGGCGUGACAAGGGGAAGCAGAAGGGCGACGGAAAAGGUCGAGGAGCAGGCGCGGGAUCCAAGGGCGGAAAGGACGCCAAAGGCAAAGGCAAGGACAGCUACACCUUCACGGGGAAGUGCGACUAUUGCCACAAGACGGGCCACAAGAAGGCAGACUGCAAGAAGCGGAUCGCCGACGAGAGGGCCAAAGGCAAUGCGGCCAUCGAGCAGGGGGGCACGGACCCGAAGACGGUGGCCAAGAUCGAGUACGCGGAGUACGAGUGCGGGAUCUGCGACGACGACCAGCUCUACUGCAUGGCGAUGGAGGUGGAGGAUCCUGAGACGGAGUGCUGCGGCAUGGAGCUCGUGGAGACGACCUUCAUCACGCUGGACACGGCGAGCGACUGCCACGUGGGGCCGACUUGCUUCGGAGAAGGAUGCAGGAAAGGCGAGGAUCGCGGACCAAGGUUGCUGGAUGCGCAGCGGAAUGAGAUCAAGAUGGGCUCCAUUGCGACGGUGCCGAUGGCGGUUGCUGACGACUGCGAGCAGCUGAAGCUGCUGAAGGCGGACUUCAGGCUGGGUGACACGGUAUCGAAGCCAAUCCUCUCGUUGCUGGAGGUGAUGGACAAGGGUGCCGAGUUCUGGCUGAGCGCGAAGACGGGCAUGUGCAUGUGCCUUGGCGGUGACCUCAGCAGGGGCAUCCCGCUCACCCGGAAGAACAACACGCUGGGAUUCAACGCGGAGACCUUCAAGACAGCUACGGAGGCGAAGGAGUUCGCGGCCAGCGUGAACGCGAAUGAGCAGCAGGAGGAGGCGUUCGUGCCGACGCCUGGGGCUGCGGGCAGCGGAGCAGCGACAGCGGCACCGGCUGCACCCGCGGCUGCCGCCUCGGAUCCAGAGCGAGGCGGAGCAGCUGAGGGCGCGGGGGGAGAGCGACUGGCUCGACAUCCUGUGCUACUACGCGAAGGGCAGGAGAUCGUCCUGCACCCUUCCAGCCGCGUGGAGGACACGCGGGCGAGGCUCAAGGAGAUGGGCCAGCCAAUCUACGGCAGAAAGGACGAGCUGUGGGCUAGGCUCAGCGAUGCGGAGCGGAGGCUCACGGCGCACCACAUGAAGAUGAAGGAGUUGGAGCGCAGGCACGAGGAAUCCGUUCAGGGAGGACCCUCGAUAGCACCACGAGAAGUAGCAGGGCCAGCAGCGCCCACGGAUGCAGAACGAGCAGCUCAUGAACUGCUUCACCUCACGAGGGCGCCGUGGUGCGAAGCCUGCGCGCGGGGGAACGAGACGACCAAGCCGCGCAAGACCCUGACAUUCGAUCAGAAGGACACUGGGAAGGCGCAGAUCACCCUGGACUUCUGCUACCUGAAGACCAACGGCGACUGGGCGGAGAUCGGAGAUGUGGAGCCGCCAGCGGCGGACAUCUUCGCGACGACGCUGGUGAUGGCAGACAGGGACACGCUGAUGUUCAAUGCAGUCUCGAUGCCCACCAAGGCGGUCACGGACUACGCAAUAGCCAGCGUGAGCAGCUUCAUCGAGGGCAUGCAUCUCACGACGGCGGACAUCAAGACGGACGGCGAGCCCACGAUCGUGAACUUGGUGGAGGAGGUGCGGAAGAGGCUGAACAAGAGCUUCAAGCUGGAGGAGAAGCGUGGGAACCUGAAGGACAGCCAGAGCAUGGGCGCGAUCGAGGCUCCGAUCAGAUGGUUUCAGGCGAAGGUGAGGACGUACAAAUUCGACUUGGAGAAGCGCUAUGGCAUGAAGAUCACGGCGGACGCACCGAUCUGGUGCUGGCUUACACGAUACGUUAGCUGGGCUACCUCUACGUACAGACCACGAGCCGAUGGGAGGACAUCCCAUCAGGCAGCCUACGGAGUGACCUACAACGGAGAGAUUCUCCCCUUUGGCGAGACGGCUCUCUUCAAGACCCCGAUCUCCCACAUGAGGCAGAUCACGACCACGUCUCUGAAGCGCAAGGGCGAGUCGAGCUUCGUGAAGGGCAUCUGGAUCGGGAAGCACAAGGAGAGCGACGACCACUUGUUCUUGACGCCAGCAGGCUGGCACCGCGCAAGAACAUGCAGGCGGCUGGAGCCAGCAUUGCGAGCAGAUGAUAAGCUGAUGAAGGCAGUGAAGGCCCUACCCUGGGACGCGAGGAGCGCUAAGCCGUGCGAGCUACUGCCCGGGAUUCAGAGGCCGAUGCCCACGAUCGUUCUGACGGCGGCGGAGCAGAAGGCGAAGACCGAGGCGCAGGAGGCAGCACGCGAGGCGGCGCCACCCCGGGGGGCGCCCGAGAAGGGGGCGCAGCCGGCAGCAGCAGCGAGCGCGGAGCCAUCGGCGGCACCCGCGGGACCUGGAGCUGGAGCAGCAGCGGCAGCGAGACCCGAGGAGAAGAGCACGACGGAUGCGGACGUGCCGACGACACCGCGAGGUCUGAUCAGACCUGCCGAUGUUGAGGACUUCGGUGCACCAGGCAAGCGCGCGAAGCACGUGGACGCCAUCUCGCUCGACGACCCUAUCGACUACAGCAUCCUGGACAGGAUGGGCACAGACUGCUACAUGACGGUCAGCGGACUGGAGCCCGCGGUGGAACUCAAAGGCAAGCGCGAAGCACUAGAGGCGUACUACCAAGCGGACCAGACGGAGAAGGUUUGUGUGGAGCCACCUGCUGAGUAUCUGGCGAUCUUGGCGGAGAUGGGCAAGCCGACCGAUAUCGUUUGGGCGCUCAACGAGAUGCUACCUGGGCAGCGCGUGGCAGGCGCUGGCUGGGUAGACAAGGUGGCGAAGACUCUGAAGGGAGAAGGCUUCGACAGGAGUGAGUGCCAGCCGCAGUUUUACUACCACAGGGAGAAGAAGAUCCUGAUCGAGGUGCACAUGGACGACUUCCACGGCGAGGGUCCAAUCGGCAACCUGGACGGGGUCAUCAAACGGCUGCGGGAGGUGUUCGACCUGAAGGCGACGGACGUCAUCAGGCAGGGACGCUACUCACACCUGAAGCGUGACAGGCUGAGGCUCAUGAACGGCAACAUCAUGCUGAGGCCGAACGUGGGGCAUAUUGACGACCUGAUCUACGUGACGGGCAUGGAGAAGGCCAAGCCAGCGAAGGUGCCAAGCUUGACUGAGGAGGACCCGACAUGGAGCCCUGAAUUGGACGAGAUCGAGAGGGCGAAGUUUCGCACAGGAGUUGGGAUCGCGCUCUACAUCUCGCCCGACAGAGCGGACAUCCAGCGGGGCGUGCAGCUGCUGACCAGGAACCUGAGUCAGCCGACGGAGUUUGACAGGAAGCGACUGGUGAAGCUGGUGAGGUACCUGAAGGGGGCAAAGACGUUUGGCGAGGCGGAGUUCUACAGCGCGACCUCGGUGGUGAUGGACGGCAAGUUGGUGAAGAACAUACUGGAGUGGUUGGGCUACGAGGUGACCUGGGAGCCCGGGAUCGACAGCAGCGCCGCGAAGGCGAUGAUCAACCGCGAGGGCGUCGGCAAGGUGAAGCACCUGGACGUUCGGGCGCUGUGGAUCCAGCAGGAGCGGAAGGUCCACGGACUGAUCAUCAAGAAGGAGAGUGGAGCCGAGAACGUGGCCGACCUAGGGACCAAAGCGCACGCCACGGAGCGGUUCGAGUACCUGCGAGAGCUUGCUGGCAUCACCGACUGCAGCGAGAUGGACAAGCACAAGGAGCUGGAGGCAUGCUCGGUGACAACGAGCGCCUGGGCUAAGCAAGGGUUGUUGGCGACACUGUUCGCGCAAGGAGCGACGGGUGGUGCGACCAAGUCAUGUGAGUGUGCAGUGCGAGAUCUCGACCAGAGUGCAGUUACCCUCUGGGAGGCUACAAAGCUGCAGGACUGGAUCGACGACCACACGACACUGAUCAUCCUGAGCGUGAUGAUGAUGACAUCCGUGGCAGGUGCACUGCUCGGGUGUUGGAUCUGCAAGAAGUGGACGACGACGAAUAGCGCCACGAAGCUAAAUCUGGUAAAGCAUACGAACACCCUGAAUCGGAGAAAGGAGCUGAGCAACAAGGUAAGGCGAGCCACGGGUGAGAACGAGCUUGCGGCCAAUGGCAAGGUGAACGAGGUGAUGUGCCUCGACGAG